CACACACACACACACACACACACACACACACACACACACACACCUCAGCACUGCUUCUGCAUCUCUCAUUAACUACUACCAGUUUAUCAGCCGUGGAACAGCUGAGACGUCUCUUAUGAUGAGGGUGAUGGUGUCGCUCCAGUUCAUUCUUCUUGCUUCUCUCCUCUUUCUAGCCGCAAUGACCGAAUCUCAGCAAGCGGCGAAUCUGUGGUAUAAACCUUCCUCUAUCUGUGCACUAAAAGGCUCGACAGUGACGAUGGGCUUCAACUAUGUAUUCAAUCUGGAUAACCAACCACAAAGAGUUUACUGGAGCAAAGACGAUGUAACGAGCUACAAGCUUCCUGAUCUGGCUUUAGAUCCCCAGUACAGCGGCAGGGUUCACUACGUCAAAGAAGGAACGCAAAACUGGACCCUCAGCCUGAGCAAUGUGAUGGAAGAAGACCAAGGGAAGUAUCACGCAGUGAUUGUAACGAUGUCUGGGAGAAGGGUUUACGGUAUCGGUGGAGUCAACCUCACUGUCUCAGAUCUCUGGGUGGAGAUGAUUCGUGGUAGACUUGUUGAGGGAGAUGAAGUUACUCUCAGAUGUAAAACCUCCUGCAGUCUGACUGAGACUCCAUUAUUCAUAUGGCACAAAGAUGGUAGUUAUUUCUCCUCCUUUAACCCGCUCCAUCUGUCAUCAGUCAGUCAGCGGGAUGCAGGCAGCUACAGAUGUUCUGUACGGGGACAAAGUUCUCUGUCCUCUGCUCUCACUCUUUAUGUACAAUAUCCUCCAAAGAGAGUCUCCGUGUCCAUCAGUCCCUCUGGUGAGAUAAUGGAGGGCAGUUCAGUGACUCUGACCUGCAGCAGUGAUGCUAACCCACCUGUACAGAGCUACACCUGGUAUAAGGGAAGAUCCUCUAUAAGUACAGGAAACACCUUCACCAUGAGCAGGAUCAGAUCUGAGGACAGCGGAGAGUACAAGUGCAAGGGUGUAAAUCGAUACGGUGAACAAUAUUCGGAUGAUGUUACUCUAAAUGUUUGGUAUGCUCCGAAGAGAGUCUCAGUGUCCAUCAGUCCCUCUGGUGAGAUAAUGGAGGGCAGUUCAGUGACUCUGACCUGCAGUAGUGAUGCUAACCCACCUGUACAGAGCUACACCUGGUAUAAGGGAAGAUACUAUAUAAGUACAGGAAACACCUUCACCAUGAGCAGGAUCAGAUCUCAGGACAGUGGAGAGUACAAGUGCAAGUCCAGCAAUCCGUACGGAGAUAAAUACUCUAAGGGAGUGACUCUAAAUGUAUUAAAUUCUGCAAGAAAUGUGUCAGUGUCCAUCAGUCCCUCUAGUGAGAUAGUAGAGGGCAGCUCAGUGACUCUGACCUGCAGCAGUAAUGCUAAACCACCUGUAGAGUAUGCCUGGCUUAAAGAAACAUCAAUUAUAGGAAUGUCAAAAACCUACACCUUCACCAAGAUCAGAUCUGAGGACAGUGGAAAGUACACGUGCAAGUCCACGAAUCGAUACGGAGAGGAACGCUCAGACGAACUGACUGUAAACGUUUUGUAUCCUCCUAAGAGCGCCUCGGUGUCCAUCAGCCCGACCGGUGGGAUAAUGGAGGGCAGUUCAGUGACUCUGACCUGCAGCAGUGAUGCUAACCCACCUGUACAGAGCUACACCUGGUAUAAAGGAGAAGUCCCUUUGAUAACUGGGAAAACCUAUGCUAUUAGAAGGACCAGCUCUAAGGACAGUGGAGAGUAUAAGUGCAAGUCCAGAAAUCAGUAUGGGGAGAAAUUCUCAAAAGUUACUCUAAAUGUUUUGUACCCUCCUAAGAAGGUCUCCAUCAGUGAGAUAGUGGAGGGCAGUUCAGUGACUCUGACCUGCAGCAGUGAUGCUAACCCACCUGUACAUCGCUACACCUGGUAUAAGGUGAAUGAAAGCUCACCUGUAGGAUCUGGACAGAGUAACAGCUUCACACUGACCUCCAGCAGCAGUGGAUGGUUUUACUGUGUGGCUCAGAAUAUAUACGGGAGUCAGAGAGCACCUGCAGUGGGUCUCAUGUUAAAUGCGUCUCUGUCUUCAGGCCACAGCUCCAGCUUCAAGGUUUUGUAUGUAGCCGUGUGUGUAGGAGUCGGAGUCGGACUCGGAGUCUGCAUCGGAGCGGUUAUAGCCAGUUUUUACUGCGUGAGGAGGAAGAGGCAGAAAAGAAAGGUGGUUAAUGAGGAGGUCCCUCGUGCUGACGAUAACACCUACGUGUCUCUUGAUCCCAUGACCAGGUCCUCCAAUGACGUGUACAGCACAGUUUCAGCGCUUCAGCCCAGACGUCCCGAUGACACGUACGUGGCUCUGGGUCCUCGCUACGUCUCUGAUGAUUACGACACGCUAACCACUGUGAGAAAGCAUUGCUGAGACCUGAGAGAGAGAAUCAGAAUCAGAAUCAGAAACAGAUUUAUUGGCCAAGGAAUUUGGUUCCAGCAGUUUGUGACACACACACAGAGAGACAGAGAGACAAACAGAGAGACAAACAGAGAGACCUACAGAAGCUCUACAGAGUUUUAAUACUGGAGUCUUUUAUUUAACUCUUAUUAUAUACUUUAUUUUUCUAUUUGUGAUUUUCUUUUUUAAUUCGGAGGAACAGCAACGU